UAUACACCCAAACAAACAUGUCUGCUCCAGAGAAAAAGUUGGUUCGCUCUAAGAGCGGUUUACGGAUGGUUCCUGUUAACAACAUGGACAUCAGUCCAUUCACAGUUAGUGAACCACCAUGGGUUCCAGAUAAUGAGUGUGUGGUGUGUAUGAACUCAUCAUGCAGAGCUAAGUUUGAUUUCCGUAGAAGAAGGCAUCACUGCCGAAGGUGUGGACGAUGUUUCUGUAAUUCCUGCUGUGAUUCCAAAGUGCCUCUCAACCGCAUGUGUUUCGUGGACCCAGUCCGUCAGUGCAAUGUUUGUGUAGAGAUUAGCCGCAAAGAAAAUGAAUUCUUUGAUAAACAUCUAAAAACUCUUUGUAAUGGUGGUGAUUUUGUGUUAAAGGAGUCUGUGGAGGAGAUUGAGGACACCUCUUCAACAUUCCGUUGUAAAUUAUCUACAGAUAACAGAACUGUCACUUUUGACAGUAACCAUGACAAACAUGAGCCAAUACAGAUGGAUAAAUUGGAAUCUGUCCAAAUACUGACCGGUGGAGUGGACACUGAAGUCUUUACGAGGUUGGAUGAUGAUGGGAAUAUGGUUGCAUCUGGCAUAGCUAUGAAGUACCAAAAUCACAAUUCUGACAAAAAUAUGGUGAAGCUUGUCAUUAGCCCAACAAGCACGAACAAACGUGAGGGACAAAUGUGGAUAGCUGCCAUGCAGAAGGCAUUUAAACUGAUACAUGAAGCGCGGAUGGUGGACAAACCAUAAGAGCAGAUGUUAAUUAAACUGACUGUAUUGUCAAGAAGAAAUUUACUUACAUACAGGAAAGUAUUUAUUGAGGGAUAUAAUUUGAAAAAAAGUGGUUUGCGUUGUGUCAAAUUAUAAAAUAACCAAUUCGAGUUCAUCUUAGAUAUAAAUUUCAGUGAUGUAAUGUUAUAUAAUUUGAAUUUGUUAACAGUACACUUUGUAAAUUUUUCAAAGUGAAAAUUUCAUUGUUCGAUUUUAUUCCUCAAAUAUCAGAGACUAAUGGUAUAACAAAAAUUGUCACAAAAAAUUAAAAUGUCGCGAUUACAUGAACUUUAUAUAUUGAUGUACAUUCUUGUAUGUAUAUUUAAUGAGUUAAGCUACCUUAUGCACCUUCUUUUCAAAAGAGUUCCAUUCUGAGUAUGAAUGGUUUGGACAUCAGAACAUAUUUUAUAUUAAGGCCUAUUAUUCAAAAUAUUUUAAGAGAGAUAACUUAAAUCUAUAGGUGAAUGAAGUUUUACAUAAUUUUUAUUCAAACAAUAUAUCAUGCUUCAAGAUACAAUACACAUUAUAAAAAAACAAGCCUGCAAAAUAAAUGCUAACUAUGCUUUAGACUGACUUUUGAGGAGUUGUUACAAUACUGUUUACAGCAUCAUUAUCUUUGAGAUUCAGUAUUCUGGUUGUGUACUAUACAGCAAUAUCAUGUCUUUUCUAUGAGUGAUGUCUUUGAAUCAUUUUGUGAUAAGUCAUUAUCUGUCAUAUCCCUUUUCUCAAACAAUGAAGUAUAGUCACUUACACAGAUUAUAUCCAAAAAUUGUGAGAAAACUGAAGAUGACAAUUUCUGAUAUUUUGCACAUUCUAACAUCUCAGAAAUGUUUCAAAAGAUAUCUUUUUGAUUUCUUGUGUAUUAACAGUACAGAUUGAAGAUGGGUACCUGGAGAUGUUAAGUAUUGAAGAAGAAUUGCUUUUCUUGUACAGGGAACAUACACCUUGCAGUUGUACAUAUUGUCAAACCUUAAAACCAUCGCUGCCAAAUGUCAAAGCAGUACACCUAUUCCCAGAUAGACAGAGUAAAGCCGUUUUUUCUUCAUUAUCAUUUUAAUUGGGCAUUAACGACCAAAUAAUGUACUGUUGGUACAAUAAGUGAAGAAAUUUGAUAGUCUAAAACCCUACCCUGGUAAGUUGUAAGCUCACAUAAUCAUGGUUGUAGUUUCUUUAUCAGGAUGUGAUUGUUCCUAUUUUUAUAGAUUUCAUUUUUUAUUAUUUUUUGCAUGAUUCUAAAUGCUCUUCAUUUCCUCUAAAACAUCAAAAAAAGGGAUAGUGUUUCUCCACAUAUUUGCUUGAGUUUCCUCCCUUUUCUUCAAUCACAGUGGUAUAAUGUGUGUGUUCAAAACUUCUCUGAAAGAAGAAAAAAUACACUUUGUAUAAUGAAAAUUGUGGAAUAACACCAAAAUUAUAGUCGGAGGACCCAUCUUUAGCUGUACAGUAAUUUUAAUAAAAUCGUAUGUUUAAUGAUAAAUACUAUGUGAUUAAAGUGUUUCUGUGAUUAUGUUAUGUAGGUAUCAUUUGUCUAGUCUAAGACUGACUAUUGUGUUUUCACUUAAUGUGGUAAUGGGUACUAUCCCAAUGGUCCAUCAUUGUGUAUCAAGUACAUAUAAUGUUGAUACAUAAUCCAGAUCGAUGAGUACUGGGGAUCAUAUAUCUGUAUUACAUACAUAUAAUGUUGAUACAUAAUCCAGAUCGAUGAGUACUGGGGAUCAUAUAUCUGUAUUACAUACAUAUAAUGUUGAUACAUAAUCCAGAUCGAUGAGUACUGGGGAUCAUAUAUCUGUAUUACAUACAUAUAAUGUUGAUACAUAAUCCAGAUCGAUGAGUACUGGGGAUCAUAUAUCUGUAUUACAUAUGAUAAAGAUAUUAUUGAUUCUGCAUAAUUGCAAAACGAAUUAAUUUAUCAAUUUAUAUCAAUCGCUCUUUUUUGCCUUGUUUGAGGUGCACAAGCUACUAUGGUGUCCUGAUGAAAACCCUUGUGGUCGCCAAGGUGAUCAUGACCCCUAUGCCUUAUCAUGUCUGAUAGAGCAAAGGAGAGUGUAUUACCACUAAGUCACUUGACACCCUGGUGUUAUACAAUACAGUAUAAACAAAAAUGUAUUGCAGUACAAAUGUCCCCUAUCUUAAGUAAUAUGGACUAUUGGGAUAUCUGCCAUGGCCUAGUGCUACAUGUACAUUAUUUGUGUAAGUUGUUUAUUCUAUAUGAAAAUUUGUUAUGUUUUAAAAAAAACAUUGUUAUUGUAAAUAUUGUUGAAUAGUGACAUAAUGUUGGAAGAUUAUGUUUAUGAAAUAAUAGAAUCUGAAUGGAGACACGGCUGCCUAUCAGAGAAUUAAAAAAAGGAUAACUUAUGAUAGUUAUCUGAUGCCUUUCACAGUUUAGUACAACAUUUGAAAAAGAAAUAUAUAUAUGACAUUUCAAUAUUUCUUAUUAAUUUUACAAGCAUUGUUUUCUGAAGGCAAAGCAUGCCUGUCUACAUGAUUGUAUAAGUCAUUAUUAUGUCUACAUUGUGUUAAAUCCUGGUCUCUGUAUUGGUCGGGACAUGGCAGUCUUAGGCAUGCCAGUUGUUAACCUAAAACAUUAACUGUAUGUGGAAAUGUAUGUGUAAAUUAUGGUAAUCAUCUUGAAUUCAAGAAUUAAAACAGAUAUUACCUUCUGUUGGUUAGGCCUGUGGCAUAUAUGACACUAAUGAGUGAUACAGACGUUGUUUCAAUUUUAAUACAUCAUGAAAUCUUAUUUUAUAGUAUGCUUGAGUUAGCUAAUAAAAGCUUGAUAAGACUUUUUAUAUUUCUGAUAAAAUUUGAUUCUAACACUAUUAAUUUGUCAUUCCAUGUGAUGCCCUGUCUGUAGACAUAUAUAACUAACUUACCCACUGGGUAAACCUAAUAGUUUUUUUUUUCAAAUACCACUUUUGGUCAAUUUUAAAGUGAGAAAUGUUAGCUGCACCAUUCCUACUAAUAUAACUAAUUCUUCUUUGUUUUCAUGGUAAAUACUCAAAUAUGAUUGGUUGAAAAAUUCUUUUCAUUCUUCUAUGAAAGAAAUUCCGAGAAUGGCACGAAAAAUGUGACGUCACAAUACAACAAUUGACGUUGCAUAUUGAUUUGAGAAAAAGAAUCCCAUUUAAAACCAGUAAAAUUGUACAUAAAACAUGUUCUAAAUUAGAAAAUCAUUUUCAAAAUUAAUUAUAAGCGUUGAUGUCAAUUAUUUUUUAGUUUCAUUGGGGUAUGAAACAAAUUUUGUUUGCAAACUUCUGUAAGAAUCUGCUACGCGGAUUCAUACAGUUUGCAAACAAAAUUUGUUUCAUACCCUGAUGAAACUAAAAAAAAAUGACAUCAAUGCAUAAUGUCCUGUCAUGACAUUUCAUAUUUUAAUGUUAGAUCACUAACUAAAUCGUUUUUUUCAGCUUCUUUGAUAUCAGAGGUAAUUGCUGCAGUCUUGAAUGAAAAUGGCCAAUCCACAUGUUUAUUGUGUGUUAUGUGGUCACAAAUAAGGGGUAGGGCUUUGUAUUAGUUGUAGAUCUUGUGCCCAAUCCCCAUUGUUAUUAAAAGGCAAUACAUUGUACAAUAUGUCUAAAUCAAACAAAUAUGGGGUAGGAAUCUGAAACUUUAAUCAAAUAGUAAAUAUGCUAGUCAUAUUUAAUAAAGAUAUCUUGCCUAUUUAUUUAAUUAAGAUAUCUUGCCUGUUAUGUACUUUACAGUAAAUAAAUAUUUGUAUCAUAUAAAUGCAAAAUAUGCUUGUUUAACAGGAUUUUGCUGUAAUAAAUUUCAUAAAGUUUAUCCUUGCCAUGUCUGCAAAUAUGUGUCUUUUACUGUUAAUUGUUAUCUACAACAUGUCAGAUGAGAAUGAGAUAAGAAGCAACACGGUAAAGUUUUCUGUGAAAAUAAAUAAGUUAGUGAUUGUACAUGUUUAUAAGAUUUGAACAAUUAGAAUGUUUAAUUCUGAUUUCGAUUUUCCCACUUUUAAUCAUUAAACAACCUUCCAUUAAUCUACUGUUUAAGACUUUUAAGACCAAAGGAAGGUUUGAAGUAAACCCAAGGGACCAUCAAGAGAAUUACAACACUGUUUUUGAUAUCUUUGUUCUCUGUGUUUUUUGAAACAUCACAUUUGAAAUAGACAACGCAUUUAAUUCAGGCAACACAUUAAAUUCACACCAACUGAUGUGAAAAUGAUCAUUUGUAUGCGGAAAUUACAGAGAAACAUGAUAAUACACCAAUAUGAGGUUUAACAAUCUGAUUAAAAUAAGCUAUUACAUGGCUCUAUGUUUACUACGUACUACAUAGCCAGUAACAGCUGAUUUUAAUCAGAUUGGAGAUAUGUCAGUGUAAUAAUGAAAAAAUACCAAUGCAUAAAUGUGGUAACGAUCUUUUCCUCAAUGUAAAUCUGAUUUUAAGAUGGGUCUAUAACAGUUUUUCUCCAAGGGACCAUUAGUAAGCCGGUGUCAGCCAAUAUCUGCAAUUAUCUAUAGCGAUUGUGACGGGUAACAAAAGUACUGCCAACACCCCCAUUUUUCUUCUGUGGAAUCAUCUGCUUUAAUGGGCGUGUCCUUUGUAAUAAUAGUCUAUUUCAUAUAAGUUAAAACUAAUUGUUUUGAUGAAGUUUCCUGUUAUUUAUCGUUUCGUUUAUCAAAAUUGUUAUUUUCUGGUACUGAUUAUAGCGGUUUGCAGUAUGUGUCUUCCUAAGUGUGGCCAUAUAAGAUUUUACACAGGAGAGUUUGUAUUUAUAUCAAUCCAAUAAUCUGUCCACGUACACUGUACAUAUGUUACUUUUGGCAAAAGAUUUGGCGCCAUUCUGAUAUAUUACGUGUGAUAUUUAAAAUUGCGAUUGUUCAAUAUCUCAUAAGAUACCAAACCCAAACCCGAUACUAGUAUCUAGUUUACAUUUCAUGUUUGAUAUCACUUUCUGAAAAAUAAUGAUUGCUCUCUCUUUUCCGUAGAAGUUAUUUCCAACUGGUCCUAUUUUACACUAUUUUUGAGGAGGGAAUGAAAUCGUGAAAAAUUACAUAUAUUAUGGUUUAUUGAAAAUAAAAUAAAUAAACUAAUGGUUCAUAUAUUUCUAUUACCUUUGGAAAAACUGCGAACAAAAAGUAUUCGAUUUUUUCUAAGGACAUGGAGAACAUGAAAUACGUGUGCAUAUUGAGAGUGCGACCAUUGAUUUUCGAAAAUGCUGUAAUGUUAAUUAGAUGUUUGAUAUAAAAUAAGAUCACUGAAUAGGUGUUAAAGUUUUCGUUAGUAAAAUGUAUACAGUUUUAAUUAGGAAGUGUUGUACAAGGGAAUAAUUUGGGCUCGUCAGAUCUUAUUAAUACCUGCCAUGAAAAAGCAUAAUAUUAGUGAUAUUGUAUUAAGCCCGAAGGAUUAUCUAGUGAACUGAAUGUUAUGUCAAUAAUUUAAUAUAAUGAACAGAUUUCACUUACCCAUCAAUUUUCAAGACUCGAUUAAACUUUGAGAUUAAUACAAAAUCCAGAAUCAGUCUGAGGAGUACACGUGAUAGACGAAUAGAGAGCUUUGGUAUAGGAACAAAUAUCUCAACUUAUUGUGAAAGUUUACCGAGAAGACAUUCUUUAUAAUUAUACUCUUGGUGAAUUGAUGUCAGUUUUGGGCAGAUUGAUGCAGCUUCUCUGUCAAAUUGCUGUAUGAGAAUGCGAACUCCUACACUUGGUGCUCCUUAAUAAUUCUAUUAUGUAUAUAGUUUAAUUUGUAUAUAUAUUUGUAAAUAAAACUUUAUUAAGCUAA